ACGACUUUUAUGUUUUUAGUGUGUAGUCAUUUCCGGUGUGUAAAGUGGUUUUAACUGUAUCACGCCGCCAUGUCAGACGUAACUGCAGACUCUUCAAAUUCCAGAGCACCCACACAAUCUGAACGACAAAAAUGUUGGACUGCUAGGGAUAUGUUCUGGACCUGCUUGGAUGGAAAUGAAGCCUCCCCAUUAAACUGUCAGGCCGUGCGUAAAACCUUUGAGGAUAGCUGUUCUAAAACUUGGGUAAAAUAUUUUGAUCGAAGAAGAGAAUAUCUGAAAUUUAAAGCCAAACUUGAACAAGAACAAUCAGAUCCUGUUGACAAUGUUAAGUUAUGAUAUUUGUAAAAUAUAUUCCCAUUACAACCCCUCCAACCAGCCAUUGAUGAAUAAAUGAUAAUUUCACAUUCAGGUGAAAGUUUGUACAUAUUUGUUGAAAUAAAA